AUGUGCUCAAUCGCAGCACCGGCCAUUCGUUAUGGCACUGCGAAUAAUCUUCCCAGAUGCGCCGCCAGGCCGUUGGCCGCGCAGAUAUUCCGGCAAUAUGCGACGCAGCCAUCGAGGAGCAGGACAAUGAGAGAGAUGGACCGUGCAGCUCGGGCGGGCUCCAGCAGGAUGACCAAAGAACAGAGCAUCUCGCAGCUGCAGAAAAUGGCAAACGCCGAGUACUUUAAGGAUGGAGGGGGCCCGCUGUUUCCAGGCACAUUCGUAUCCCUCCCACUCUCUCGCCUACCACUGAACCCCGCGGAUUUUGCGCAGUAUCAAUGGAACAGAUUAAGGCAUUGGGUGAUCGAAACCGUUUCCUUGCUCAACUUUAAGCUGAAAUCCAUGCCAAACUGGACGACUCGACCGCAGUGGAAAGCCCGGCGUGGUAAGAUUGCGCCCACGGCUAAGGCUCUGUACCAGGAAGUGCUGGAGGCUUUUGCCGCCGGGGAUAAAGCAACUCUGGAGAGAAUCUGCGUCAACGACUUUGCAAAGAAACUCAUUGCGGCGAUAGACCGCCGAAAUCCUCGAGAGCGAGUUCACUUCGAGGUUACCAAGUACAACAGCCCGCUCUUCUAUCCCAAGCGAACAGCCCACCAGAUCCACCAGAUCAACAUGUAUGACAAGAAUCUCAUGACUGAACAAGCUGUUGUUGCCAUUUCAUCUACCCAACAAGUAUCCCGGUAUGAUGCGUCUACAGGAGAAACGAUUCCCGGCAGCGUCAAGAUCCAAGACAAGGUGGAGUAUGUAGUGCUCUCAAGACAGGUCAACGCAGUCACAUUCGAAUCAGACACGUGGAGAGUGUGGGGAACAACAGCUCCUACGACCUUGGAGGCAUACCUGGAAGAGAAGGAAGCCAUUGACAAGGAGCAAGCAAGACGUGCCGGAUGGAAGCCAGCGUCCAAGUAG